CCUGAUUAAUUUAUAGAUAUAGUAACGUAGCACUUAACAACAUGCCUAUUUUAAGGAAAAAAUCUAGCAAAAAAGUAAAUGCUGAAAAUGGCAAUGACAAUUUAAUUGGAGAUAUAACCAUCGACGACUUUGCAAAUUCAUCACGAAUGCAUGCGAGAUUUAAAAAGGCAGUGAAAAAUAUUUCCUCUGAAGUGAAGCAAGAAACAACAACAGAAAAAAACUUUGGAAAUAAAAUGAAUGAAAAUUAUCAGAGUCAUUUAUACGAGUUUAAUAAGUUGAAAAAAAAUACUACAGGUGUGUUAAAUCAAAGGAGAAGUAGAAAAGAAAAUUGCUUUAAAAAUACCAUAGAAGAAGAAGGUAUAGAUUAUCCAUUGGAUAUAUGGUUUAUUAUAUCUGAGUACAUUAGUCCAGAAGCUGUAGGAAAAUUUGCUCAAAUAUGUAAGAGUUCUUAUUAUGUAGUAACAACAGCAAAAUUUUGGUUUCAUUUGUAUAAGUCUUACUAUAGAUUUGUUCCUGGUUUACCACCACGCCUACAACCACAAUGUAUGGUUCGUACACAUGGACUUCGUGCUUGUGUUAUUAGGACAUUACAUUACACUUAUUUUGCUUUGAAUAGAAAAGUUGAUGAUUUGCUCUAUUUAGGACAAAAUGAGCUACACUCACUUGUAAAAAGACAAUGUUGUCUUAUGUGGCAUAGAGUAUGCAGCAUAAAAGAAAGAAAAACAUUAUGGUAUUUUUAUUUUAAAUUGAAAGAGUUGCCCAAAGGUGCCAAUAACUUAUUAAGACAAAAAACAAAGAUAAAUGGUAAAAAGACAGAUUUUCUCGAAAUGUUGGAAGAUGUAGCUGUAAAUCUAGAAGAAGGAUGUAAAGUACUUAGGGUAAUUUGUUUAAAAUACAGUAUGUUGCCACCUGUAAAUGGUUUGAUUCUACAAUCAGUAUCAAUGACUUUAAUGCCUGGUUUUAAAGAUCAUCAACUACAACUUGGUUUUGGAACAUCUAAUAUUCCUAAUACAUUAACAAACAAAGUUAUUUUAAAUCAUGUUGUUAACUAUAAAAUUAUAGAUUGGUGGCAUCCGUUCUAUCCUCAUCAGGAUGCAAUAACUGCUAUUAAAUUACCACAAAGUGAUUCUUGGGAUCAGAGCUUAUUAUAAUAAAAAUUGCAUAUUUUAUAAUCAAACAGUUAGAUCAUAAGUAAAACUUUUGUAAUAUAAAUAUAUCUAUGUAUAUAAUAUAUUAAAUGUCUGUUAAAUAAAUGAGUUAGAUACUUAUUUUU